AUGAGGCUAGAAUCAAUCUUCUAUCUCUUUGUUGGGUCCUUGCUAGAGCUGCAGAUUCGGAGUGCUUACUCGAUACAGAAUGUAAGCUCCAUUAGCGAACUUAACACUUACUUUGAAUCGUUCUUUGCUACGUCAAACUCUACUGAACUCGACGAAUGGUUAGCUAGUCUACCGACUCACGAAGAGAAAGAUGAAAUGCGGCUGCUGCUUGCGAAAAUCUAUCGGAUGAAAACUUUUGAUAAAGUGGGCAGCUCCUUUUUAAACAAGUUCGAAAAUUUGAAACAGUACCUAAACGUGACUAUUGUUCAGAAUCAUUAUUGUGUUAUUCAUGAGCUGAUUCCCGAUGACAAAAAACGUUUUGAAAGAAUGUGGGGAUAUGUUGUGAUUGCUUCUAAGAAAUGGGCAAAACGGUAAGU